AUGGACGAGAAUCAACAACCAACAGAACUUGUGUCCGAACAUGGAAAUACUCUGACGACAUUUUCCAAAUCGUUCGCGCGACAAGAUGGUAGGCCACUAUCAACUCGAUUGGAGAUUUCUAUUACAUCGUCCCUUUCAUCUCUCGCCGAUACUUGCAAGCCUAUGACGACGUCAGUUUUGCUGGAAGAAACGAUUCGGAGAACAAUUGCAUCCAAUAUUCGAUCUACGGUCGUUUCUCCUUCGCCAGUACCAUUACGAACAACAUCAUGUUUCCAAUUGGAAUCGUUGAUCUUCAAUAGUGAACAGCACAUUGUUCAAUCGUCGAAAGUCAUUGAUACAUUCAACUUAACUCAAUGUAAUGUUACUCCGAGAACCAGUGUAUCGGUGGAAACAACGAUAACUGAGCAAGGUGAACCUAAGAAAUGUCAACCGAAUACAAAUACUCCUCAACGCCAUGCCAAAACUCGCCAGUUGAAAUCAGCAAAGAAGUUCAAGGAGAUUGAACAAGACACAGAACGUUUGACUACAAACACCGAUCCACAAGUAUUAACAACACCGACAGAUGAUUAUGGAUACAAAAGUGUAUUUACAAAAGAAUACGACCAAGCUAUUCUCUUGCAAGCACAUUUAGCAACCAGUAACAAUCCUAAUGACUGGAGUCUGAAAGAUUUCUAUCGCGAUGUCAAAACACAAUUCGAACCGGACACAAAUACCAAAGAAGUCUUCGAAAAAUGUCUGAAACUUGCUAGGCUGCAAGCCGUUACAAUUAAGUGGGAACAGCGUCGUCGUCCUAUUGAAGGCACAUACAAUCGUUCGAUAAAAUCUGCUGCAUCAGAUCGUACUACGACGUUAAGUUUAAGUAGUAAUACGUCAUCGAAAACUACUUGUAAUGAAAAAGAUCUGCCCGAUAGCACGGAAAUGAAACAUGAUUUACGUUGCAAUGAAUGUAAACGCUUUCUUUGCGCAGGCACUUGUACCGGCCAUUCAUCUUCUCCAUCACCGAACAUACGCGAUCAAGCGCACCGAAAACUUCUGUCUCGCUCAGCGCGAACUGCGUCUAUUCAUUCCCGUCCUCGUACGACACAACAGGUCUCGCGUGAAACGAAAUCAAAAUCAGAGCAAGUGAAGCCAGUCAAUCCCGUAGUUCUGGCACCCUCGUUCGAUGUUGCAUCACAGAUAAGACGUUCACCAACGCCAUUUGCAAAUAGUUUUCUUCCGGGCAAACUAUUCCGUUCACAGCGUCGAGACCCAGUAGCUUUAUUACCGACACAUAAAGUAUCCAGCUAA